AUGUCUCAUUCCUCCCAGGGUGCUGGAUCUCAUGGCACCCAUGAAGAAGGAAAACUCUAUGUUGUGGAUUCCAUAAAUGACUUAAACAAACUCAAUCUCUGUCCGACAGAAUCACAGCAUCUGUUCUCUUUCGAGGAGAAAACUGCAAAUGCUGGCACAACCCCAGGAAAUGGAAGCCGGGGUCUGUUUUUCGUGGGGCUGCUCCUGGUGCUGAUGGUCAGCCUGGCUCUGGUCUUCUUUGCCAUCUUCCUCAUAAUUCAAACAGGAAGCAAAAUGGAAGACGUGUCGCGAAGACUGACGGCCGAGGGGAAGGACAUAGACGACCUCAAGAAGAUCAACAGCAUGAUCGUGAAGCGGCUCAGCCAGCUGGACUCAGGGCAGCUGGACUCCGGGCAGGACUGAGAGGCCCCCAGGCCCCAGGGCUGCGUUAAGGGCCGGGACAGCGGUCUUUCAGGCACUGUUCCAGCUGCUGGUUCCGGGGAAGGGCGAGCUCUGCGCUUCAGCUUCGGUGGGGUAGCGUAGCCUGCAAAGAAGCAGCAGCGUGAGGAUUCAGCGCUUGGCCUGCAGCCCCUUUUAGGAAACGAGGUUGGUUUAGGAGAC